GACCCAUCCGGUGACGAUGGGACUCCUGAACCGGAGGUGGCUGCCCCCCGGGAAAUCCCGGAAAAUGCAGUCUGGCAUUUUCCAUGGCAGCCGGGUACCCAACCUGAAAUCUUGCCGGAGCCACCGGAACUCUCCGAGCUCCCACUGUUCCCCAGCGAAGCGCCGCAGCAUGAAGGGCGCCUGUUUCACGGCGAUGCUGGACGACCAGAGCUCGCUGAGUUCCCCGCUGACAUACCUGAAGUUCUUGCACGAGCAGUGUCUGAAGGAGUUGAGACACAACCGCUGGCCUACGUCCAGGGGCUCCCCUCA